AUGCCAUACACUGCGCCAUUGAAGUCGUUGCUCGCCGCGCAGCACAUUGAACAUUGUGAUCCUAAAUCAGACACACCUUCAGAACGACCGGCUCUGCCUCGUUCUGCUUCUUCCCGUCUGCAAAAUUCCCGGUCUUAUUCCUCUACCUCGUACGUUCGUCGACACAGAAGGAGUCCAUCAAUCUCCAAAUCCCCCGUGUCUGCCCCGGAAUCUCCGCGGUCACCAACAACCAUUGACCCACAUGCUAGUCUAAGACAGUCUCCACCUCCACUAAACCAUGCUGCCAUCCCACCAGGGGCGGUAAUUUCACCCCCGGAAUCCGCCCCCAACUCGAGUGAUGAGGAAUCACCUUGCAAAGCUGAGGGAAUUAAGCUCGAGGAGCUGGAGGCAGCUGUGAAGGCCAUCGAACAGCGACGAGAAUCAUCCCCGGAGAGAAUGGGCCCAGCAAAAAAGACUAGAAUUGAGGCUCGCCCCUCGUCGAGUCAAUUACCCUCAACACCAACUUUAGACACGAAAUCCAACCACCACCAUCUACGAUUAUCAAAGGAGGCUCGCAAGAUUUCACACUCACGGUCAUCAACAGAAUCUGCAAUCACUUUGAAGCAAGAGCAAGCCCUGACCAGCUCCCCCGAUGAGAGCGAUGCAGAGGUCUCGCCCAAGCCACCCAUGGUUCGGAAGAAGUCGGGUGAGCUGGUUCGGCCGGCCCUUCGACCUGCUUCGGCUCGGCGUCGCCCAUCUAGCAUGCCGGGCACCCCGGUCUAUGCGAAAGCUGUGCAUUUCGACUCACAUCUAGAACACAUUCGCCACUUCCUGCAACUCGACCGCCCAUUGGCCGUCAGUGCCGAGACAUCUCCCGUCGAUAACCAUGAUACCGAUGGGGAGUUCCCAUUCGAACAGCAGGGACAGAAUCAAACUCCCUCAUGGGAGUGGGAAAUUCGACUCAAUAACUUUCCCAAGGAUCAAUCGGCUCGUGCCACCAUUCCCGUUCGUCUUGAAAGAUUGUUUCUCUCUGGCGAUAAGAAUGUGCUGGUCGGCUCGGUGGCUGUAGCAAACCUUGCUUUCUCCAAGCAUGUGGCUGCCCGCUUUACUUUUGAUUACUGGAGAACCGUCUCGGAGGUUAGUGGAGUGUUCUGUCACGAUGUCCGUCGCAAGCAAUCCUAUGACGGAUAUGACCGCUUUUCGUUUGAUAUCAGGUUGGAUGAUCAGGCAAACCUAGAAAACAAGACUCUGUUCGUUUGCAUUCGCUACACUGUUGAUGGCCAGGAGCACUGGGACAACAACCAGGGGAAGAACUUCCAGAUCGAUUUCCACAAGGUGCCCAAGAUCACCUCCAGCAAGCCAUCUGGUGGAUCUCGUCCUGCACUCCCUCGCAGUCGUACUUUCACUGGCUCGCACGCGCGUCCUCUUUCUAUGCCACCAUCUUUCGACGACUUCCCGGAGAUAACAAAGAAUGUCCCUUUCUCCAAUCCCUUCGGCAACACUAAAGCUUCGCCACUUGACAAAACUUCAGCCGAUAUCGAUACAUGUGGACCUCCGAAACGUCGAGAAAAGCCAAGUCCUCAGGCAUUCGGUAACCGAUAUGACUUUGGCGCCUCGUUGACUGCGGCUAUGCGAACCAAGCCUCCUCUCGAUCGAACUGCUCUGACAAACCGAGCACGCUCAGGCACCGCGAUUCAUUUGGAUACAACUAGGCCAGUGGCGAAGGAUUUUGCAAUUUCGCAGGGCGAGUCUUCUGCUGUGAGCAAUGCACGCGAUGGAGUCCUAGCGGAAAAUUUGAAACCUUCCUCACUGGUUUCUAGCAAGCCAUGCCUCGAGUCCUCGGUUUACAAAGAGCUGGUCGAUAAGUACUGCUUCUAUGGAACACAAAAGUCUUCGACCACGAAACAAACCUUUGCCGUGAAUGUUCCUAGUGAAGAGGCUUCCAGGAAAUUUCCUUCGGGGACUCCCUCGCCGCCUCUUUCCCCCGGAUCACCAGCUCCUCUAGAGCCUCCCUCAACCGAGACUCCUCGUGAAGCUCGGGCGCUAUCACCGGCUGCCAUGAGCCCGCGAACCUCCCCACGUUCCUCACCGUCGCCUAUGUCUCAUCACUAUUCUUAUCGACAGACCUUACAAAAUGGAUUCUUCCCAGACCCUCAGUCGUCGCCUGUCAUCAGAGGGUGA